AUGUCUGCUACAACUGCAACCAACACGCAAACAAACAGUCGUCUAACUAUCAACCUCGACGACUGCCAGGAUCAGACCUUUGGAGACUGGCGCGACGACUUCUUCCGCGACGGGUACAUCGUCUUGAAGAAUGCCAUCCCCAAGGAUCGGGCCCUCGCCUACCGCCAAAAGAUGCUAGAUUGGAUCACUGGCUUUGCCAAAGGUUUGGUCCUGGACGACCCCUCCACUUGGGUUGAGGCGAACCUACCCCAAAGUUUCAAGGCGGGCAUGUACCUGAACUACUGCGCCGCGCACGAAAAGUAUGUCUGGGACGCCCGGCAGGAGCCCGGCGUUCUGGGUGCUUUUGAGAAGAUUUGGGGCACCAAGGAGCUCACCGUCUCUUUUGACACCAUCAACGUCACCUUCCCUAACCGAAAGGACGUGGCUUGGUCGCCAUGGCCUCACGUCGACCAGGCACCUGAACGCAAGGGCCUCUCCUGCGUGCAAGGCAUCAUCAACCUUUCUCGCGCCGGACCCGAUGACGGCGGUCUCGUCCUUAUGAAGGGCUCAUCUCGCCUCUUUGACGAAUUCUUCGCGCUCAACCCCCCGGACCGCAGCCAGGGUAUCGGGGCAAAGCACUACGACUUUUACCCUUUCAAGGAGCACCAACUGUCCUGGUUCGAGGAACGGGGCUGCGAAGUCAUCAAGGUCUGCGCCGAGCCGGGUGACCUCAUCCUGUGGGAUAGUCGCACAAUGCACUUUGCCCGCUUCCCCGAAGGCGACGAGAUCCGCACCAUCAUCUACGCCUGCUACACGCCUGCGGCCUUUAUGACCGAGGAGGAUCGGCUGAAGAAGGCGGAGAUUUUCAAGAAGUGGCAAACGACGACACACUGGCCCCAUUGCAACAUCCACGCCCACGGAAAGGCAAUGAUUGAUGGCAAGGUGGACCCUUCUGAGCGUGAUGAACCGUUGGAGAAGCCAGAGCUGACACCUCAACUCUUGAAACUUGCUUCUGUGGAGAAAUACUAG